UCCAGCCACGCCACACUCUUCAAACACAAGCACAGUCUCGCCACGUUCAAUUCAAUGAAGAUCUAACGAGCCCCACACAGACAGACCCGAACCCAGAGAAUACGGCGCGCACACACACGCGCGUGUUUUUUCGCCCCGUAGAUCGUCUCAUGCGUCGGUGACGGACAACUCAAAGGAAAGAAACGAAAUAAGAGCGAACCGACGGGGGGGUGGGGGAAGAGCAAAACAACAAGAAGGAGUAGUAGAAGAAGAAGAAGAAGAACCUGAGGACGGAUUUCUUUUCUUCCACUGUAAUUUCAUUUCCCUCGGACUAGACUGUCAUUCCUGGAUGUAAAAAAAAAAAAACUUCACCUUGAGCAGACAACGAGGGAAAAAAAAGAAGAACACAAAAACAAAGAAAAAAAGGAGAGAGCGAGUUUCGAACCGACCGCACAAUGGUGAUAAGGCUGUGAAUACCCUGCAUCUGAGAAAUCAGACCAGUGAGCCAGCGCCACCGAGGCUGCCAAAAGCAUGCUGGUACCAAGCUGUCCCACCAUGCACAGAGCCAGACCCACGCUGCUGCUGCUGGUCCUGGGUCUGCUUCUCCACCUCGCCGACGCUCAAACACCACCAAAGUUUUUAAGAACCCCCAAUGACCAAACAGGCUUGCAAGGAGGCGUGGCAUCCUUCAUCUGCCAAGCGACGGGAGAUCCACGACCGAAGAUCGUGUGGAACAAGAAGGGGAAGAAAGUCAGCAACCAGAGAUUUGAGGUGAUAGAGUUCGACGAUGGCUCUGGUUCAGUGCUAAGAAUUCAGCCGCUACGCACGCCCCGGGAUGAAGCCAUAUAUGAAUGUGUCGCCUCCAACAGUGUUGGAGAGACGAGCGCCAACACCAGACUCACUGUUUUACGUGAGGACCAGCUGCCCCCUGGUUUCCCCACCAUAGACAUGGGCCCACAGUUGAAAGUGGUGGAGCGAACACGCACCGCCACGAUGCUGUGUGCUGCCAGCGGCAACCCCGACCCAGACAUCUCCUGGUUUAAGGACUUCCUCCCCGUCAACACCAGCAACAACCAUGGCCGCAUUAAACAGCUCAGAUCAGGAGCCCUCCAGAUAGAGCAGAGCGAAGAGUCUGACCAGGGGAAGUAUGAAUGUGUGGCGACCAACAACGAUGGAACCCGCUACUCUGCCCCAGCAAAUCUCUAUGUCAGAGUCCGCCGGGUGCCACCACGAUUCUCCAUUCCACCCACAGACAAUGAGAUCAUGCCAGGCGGCAGUGUCAAUAUCACGUGUGUGGCUGUGGGCUCUCCCAUGCCAUAUGUGAAGUGGAUGCUGGGUGCAGAAGACCUCACGCCGGAGGACGACAUGCCCAUCGGACGGAACGUCUUGGAGCUCACGGACGUCCGGCAGUCGGCCAACUACACCUGUGUGGCCAUGUCGACCCUGGGGGUGAUCGAGGCUGUGGCGCAGAUCACGGUGAAAGCAUUGCCCAAGGAUCCUGGCAUUCCUGUGGUGACGGAGCGCACCGCCACCAGCAUCACAUUGACGUGGGACUCUGGCAAUCCGGAACCGGUGUCCUACUACAUCAUCCAACACAAGUCCAAGUACUCGGAGGACUCGUACAAGGAGAUCGACGGCGUGGCCACCACUCGGUACAGCGUGGGAGGCCUCAGCCCUUAUUCGGACUACGAGUUUCGGGUGGUGGCGGUGAACAACAUCGGGCGGGGGCCCCCCAGUGAGAGCAUUGACGCCAAAACAGCUGAGCAGGCGCCCAGCACGGCACCAAGGCAAGUCAGAGGUCACAUGCUGAGCACCACUACAGCGGUCAUCCACUGGGAUGAACCAGAGGAGGCCAACGGGCAGAUCAUGGGUUACCGAGUCUACUACACCAUGGAUUCCUCCAUUCACGUCAACCAGUGGGAGAAGCAGAUUGUUCGAGGGGCAAACUUUGUCACCAUCCAGGGCCUCAUCCCCAAUAAGACCUACAACAUCAAGGUCUUGGCCUACACCUCAGUGGGCGAUGGACCUCUUUCACCAGACCUUCAAAUAAUCGCGAAGACCGGAGUUCCCUCCCAACCAACCGACUUCAAAGGAGAAGCCAAAUCAGAAACAAGUAUUUUAGUGUCUUGGAUUGCCCCAACACAGACUGGACAGGAAAAUCAAAUCACAGGAUAUGAACUUAUGUACAGGAAGAGGGAUGACAAAGAGGAGAAGCGUAUCAGCUUUGAGCCGACGACAACGUACCUGCUGAAAGACUUGAAGUCCUUCACGACGUACACUUUCCGUCUGGCUGCACGUAGUAAACACGGAGUCGGAGCGUAUACCAACGAGAUCUCUGCAGAAACGCCACAGACACAACCCUCAGGCCCACCUCAGGAAGUCAAGUGCCACAGCCCCAGCUCCACCAACAUCCUGGUAAGUUGGCGGCCACCCCCAAUGGAAUUACAAAAUGGGAUCAUAACGCAAUACACCAUCCAAUACGCUGCGACCGAAGGGGAGGACACUACUGCUCGUCAAAUCUCCAGCAUCCCACCAGAAAGCACUCAGUACCUUUUGGAAAACCUGGAUAAAUGGACAGAUUACCGUGUGACGGUCACUGCUCACACAGAUGUCGGGGAAGGACCGGAAAGCCUUCCACAGCUCAUCCGCACAGAUGAGGAUGUUCCUAGCGGGCCACCUCGUAAAGUUGAGGUGGAGGCUGUCAACUCCUCAUCAAUUAAAGUGAUCUGGCGUUCACCGAUGCCCACCAAGCAGCACGGUCAGAUCCGAGGGUACCAGGUGCACUAUGUCAGGAUGGUUAAUGGGGAGCCCACAGGACAGCCAGUCAUCAAGGACAUCCUGAUUGAUGAUGCCCAGUGGGAAUAUGAUGAUUCUACCGAACAUGAAAUGAUCAUCACAGAGCUGCAGGCUGAGACCACAUAUUCAGUUACUGUGGGAGCCUACACAACAAAGGGCGACGGUGCACGCAGCAAGCCCAAACUGAUCACCACCACUGGCGCAGUUCCUGAUAAACCUCGGCUAAUGGUCAGUACAACCAACAUGGGCACCGCUCUCCUCCAGUGGCAUCCCCCAGCAUUAACCCAUGGUCCCCUGCAAGGAUACCGCCUCCGUUUUGGCCGCAAAGACGUGGAUCCGCUGACUGUCAUUGAGUUCCCCGAGCGAGAGAACCACUACACGACCAAAGAAAUCCACAAGGGAGCGUCGUACACUUUCCGUCUUUCCGCGCGCAACAAGGUGGGCUUCGGUGAAGAGACAGUCAAAGAAGUCACCACAAAUGAGGAUGUCCCGAGUGGCUACCCUCAGAGCAUUACAGCAGAGGGUGCCACCACCUCCACCAUUCAGGUUAGCUGGCAACCUGUUGUGCUGGCGGAGCGAAACGGCCAAAUAGUGAAAUAUGCUCUGCAGUACAAGGACAUCAACAGCCCACGCAGUCCCUCAGAACUCUUCAUCACCGCCCCGGAAUCAACAGUCAUCCUGGAUGGCCUUAAGGCAGAUACCACUUAUGAUAUUAAAAUGUGUGCCUUCACCAGCAAGGGCUCUGGUUCCUAUAGCCCAAGUGUCCAAUUCAGGACACAGCCUUUGGAUCAAGCAGUGUUUGCAAAAAACUUUCAUGUGAGAGCUGCCAUGAAGACAUCAGUGUUGCUGACCUGGGAAAUCCCGGACACCUAUAACCCAGCUCAGCCUUUCACUAUCCUCUACGAUAAUGGGCAGAGUGUGGAGGUGGAUGGGAAGCUAACGCAGAAGCUAAUUACGGGUCUUCAACCUGAGACACAGUACUCCUUCCUCCUGACCAACCGUGGCAACAGUGCCGGCGGUCUGCAGCAUCGCGUGUCCACCAUGACCGCCCCGGACAUUCUCCGCACCAAACCCUACCUGGCCGGCAAGACCAACUCAGACGGCAUGGUGACUGUGGACCUACCAUCGGUGCAGACAGCUGAGAGAGUGAGGGGGUAUUACAUCGUGGUUGUGCCUCUGAAGAAGCAACGCACCGGAAAGUUUUUCAAACCCUGGGACAAUCCCGAUGAGAUGAAUUUGGAAGAGCUGCUGAAGGAGAUAAACCAAACUAGCAGAGGCCUCCGGUUCCAGAGGCAGGCAGAACCCAAAGCCUACAUCGCGGCCUACUUCAAAGUCCUGCCCAACGAUUUCAACCUGGGAGAUGGGAAGACCUACAGGGGCUUUGAAAACAAGCAACUCCAGAAUGGCCAGGAGUACAUUUUCUUUGUGCUAGCGGUUUUGGAAAUGUCUGAAAAUAUCAUGUUUGCCACGAGCCCCUACUCAGACCUGGUUGUGUCGGCCGAUAUCGACCCCCAGCCGAUCAUCGAUGAGGAGGAAGGCCUCAUCUGGGUGGUGGGCCCUGUGCUAGCGGUUGUCUUCAUCAUAUGCAUCGUCAUUGCCAUCCUCCUCUUCAAAAGAAAAAGAGCAGAAUCUGAAGCUAGGAAAGGGAGCCUCCCCAACAGCAAGGAAAUGCCACUGCAUAAUCCCACGGACCCGGUUGAGCUUCGACGCCUCAACUUCCAAACACCUGGUUCAGGUGCGUCCAGUCACCCCAGUAACCUCCAUUUGUCAAGUAUGGCCAGCCACCCUCCAAUUCCAAUUAUGGACCUAGCAGAUCAUCUGGAGCGCCUGAAAGCCAACGACAACCUCAAGUUUUCACAAGAAUAUGAGUCCAUUGACCCUGGUCAGCAGUUCACGUGGGAACACUCCAACCUGGAGGUCAACAAACCAAAGAACAGAUAUGCCAACGUGAUUGCCUACGACCACUCCAGAGUCUUGCUCUCUGCUAUUGACGGUAUCCCUGGAAGUGACUAUAUCAACUCCAACUACAUCGAUGGCUAUAGGAAGCAGAACGCCUACAUUGCCACCCAAGGAGCCCUUCCAGAGACAUUUGGAGAAUUCUGGAGGAUGAUCUGGGAGCAGAGGAGCGCCAUCGUCGUCAUGAUGACCAAACUGGAGGAGAGGUCCAGGGUCAAAUGUGACCAAUAUUGGCCAACAAGAGGGACAGAGACGUACGGCCUCAUCCAAGUGUCGCUUCUCGACACCGUCGAGCUGGCCACAUACUGCGUCAGGACAUUUGCACUUUUCAAAAACGGCUCCAGCGAGAAGAGAGAGGUGAGGCAGUUCCAGUUCACGGCCUGGCCGGACCACGGGGUACCGGAGCACCCCACCCCGUUCCUGGCCUUCCUGAGACGGGUGAAAGCGUGCAAUCCUCCAGAUGCGGGGCCGAUGGCGGUACACUGCAGUGCUGGAGUGGGACGCACGGGUUGCUUCAUCGUGAUUGAUGCCAUGAUGGAACGCAUCAAGCACGAGAAGACCGUGGACAUCUACGGGCAUGUGACGCUAAUGCGUGCCCAGCGCAACUACAUGGUGCAGACAGAGGACCAGUACGUCUUCAUCCACGACGCGCUCCAGGAGGCCGUCAACUGCGGCACCACCGAAGUGCCCGCCAGAAACCUAUACGCCUACAUCCAGAAACUGACACAGAUAGAGGGCGCAGAGAAUGUCACCGGCAUGGAACUUGAGUUCAAGCGUUUAGCUAACACUAAAGCCCAUACGUCACGAUUCAUCAGUGCCAAUCUUUCCUGCAACAAGUUCAAGAACCGCCUUGUUAACAUAAUGCCAUACGAGUCCACGCGAGUGUGUCUUCAGCCCAUCCGAGGAGUUGAAGGCUCUGACUACAUCAAUGCCAGUUUCAUUGAUGGGUACAGGCAACAGAAAGCAUACAUUGCCACACAGGGACCACUGGCCGAGACCACGGAGGACUUCUGGAGAAUGCUCUGGGAGCACAACUCUACUAUUGUCGUAAUGCUCACCAAGCUUAGAGAAAUGGGCCGGGAAAAGUGCCACCAAUACUGGCCAGCGGAGAGGUCAGCCAGAUACCAGUACUUUGUGGUGGACCCCAUGGCUGAGUAUAACAUGCCCCAGUAUAUCCUGAGAGAGUUCAAAGUGACCGACGCCAGGGAUGGACAGUCGCGGACAGUAAGGCAGUUUCAGUUCACAGACUGGCCUGAACAAGGAGUGCCAAAAUCAGGAGAGGGCUUCAUCGAUUUCAUUGGCCAAGUUCAUAAAACAAAAGAGCAGUUUGGCCAAGAUGGGCCUAUCUCAGUCCACUGUAGCGCGGGCGUUGGUAGAACCGGAGUUUUCAUCACCCUCAGCAUCGUCUUGGAACGAAUGAGAUAUGAGGGCGUCGUAGAUAUAUUUCAGACAGUGAAAAUGUUACGGACACAGAGACCAGCUAUGGUGCAGACGGAGGAUCAAUACCAGUUCUGCUACAGAGCUGGCUUGGAGUACCUGGGGAGCUUUGAUCACUAUGCAACGUAAAAGACCCAGUAUUGGAAGAAAAAAGCAGAGGGCCCUUUGGAAAGAAAACCCAGUGAGCCUCUCUUCUGAGCCAUAAAUUCCUGCUUGAGAAAGUACUCCUUAACUCCUCGAUAACAACUCAUUAAGUGUUGGAUGUGUGACAUGACUUGUCAAAAAAUGAAAAAGAUGAUUCCCGGAGGACCAAGUAUUUCACAAUCCCAGUAAAAACCCUCGCCUUGAUACGAAGUGAGGGGAUCCUGACUAUUGGAGCAUCGUAUGGAAUUAUCUUUUCUCUUGCUUCAAGGAUUCAUUUUGGGGCUCAUAAAACUGAAUGAAACCAACACAACAAAAAUAUAAAUGAACAAUAAUGACAUCGUCAGAAAUGCAUCAGUGAUUAUGAACCAUUACGAGAGACAUCGGAGGCACACAGAAUUGCGGGGGAAGAAAAAACUUUGUGCGCAUUGUAAAGAAAAGAAAAAAAAUCAGUUUCGCAAUCAAGUCCACAGAUAAACCAUUGAAAAAGAAGACAAUGCUUGGUCCACAACAGCAAGACAGACUAAAAGUAAUAAUGAAUCAAUACCACUUUUCCUGUCACAAUGUUCAUCAUCUAAAUUCUGGAGAGGGUAAAGCUCAAAUGAUAUAUGAAAUAAAUACAAAUUAUUGAUUUAGUUUUUUAGUACUUUAUUAUACAGCUGACGUGCUUUUUUUGAACUGUGUGAAUUUCCUUUUUUUACACAAAUGUAUUGCUUGGGAAAAAAAGUGAUAAGAUGUAUUUCCGUAAAUGUUCAUUUUUGUUUUGAAAGCUGUAGAACUGUUCUGACGUAUGUGCUAUUUAGCAGAGAGUCCCUUUGCCUUUUUUUUUUUAGAAGAGAAAAUUGUUUCUAUUUCUUUCCUUCAUUUUGGUGCACUUGGUGCACAGAACAGAAUUCGCACUACCAAAAUGUAAGUUUGUUCAAGAGUUAUUUUUCUUUGUUUUUUUGUCCAUGAUCACAUACAUGCUAAUGAAUCACUACCAUCUGAAUAACUGGGGCUUUGUGGAAUCAACAGGGAUGAGCAAAGUAUAAAGUUGCUGCUACCGAUUAUCUUAGUUAUUCCAUGUUAGAAGGAUGAUAAGAGAACCUGAUGAAUUGGAUACGAUAUAUGAAUUUAUAAAUCUAUGGUACAGAGUGUCAAAUAUAUGUGAAAUAUCUAUUGAAGCAUAAAUAUAACAUUCUAAAUAUAGACAUAAUAUAUGAUUAAAAGUAUAUGAAAGAUGGACUGUCUAUGAAAGCUUCCCGAUUGAGUGCUAUGGGGGAAUGAAAUGAGAUAUUUCACUGGAAUGCACAUCAGUAGGACUCAAUUGUAUUCUGAUUCAGUGCAAAUCCUCUUGUGCAAUAAAUAUAUGUGUGUGUGUGUUUUCAGAUAGGGGUUUGUGUGGAUAUGACAUUCACUUGUGACACUUUUGUUUCACCCGCAACUGAGGUGUGGGAGUGGGAGUGGGAAUGUCGGGCGCCAGUCAAAGCAUCACUGGUGCCUCUUUUUCAAACUCUCUUCCGGUUUGUAAUCAGAGGCAGAGGUGUCACACAGCCGCAAUCACCGCUCCACACAAUAGGGCAAGGUACAAAGACGUCACUUUCUUGUGGUCCUUUCAAGCAUUCAAUGGUAAUAUCUUCUUUUUUUCAUUUUGCAUUUAGAGUGCCUUAUAUUUAUGCCUGUUUUUAUAAUGUUUCAUUUAACAUAUAAAUGUAUCUUUGAGUAAUCUAGGCAUUUAGUGUAACUGUAACCACAUAGUUCAUUUACCUUUUUGUAUUCAUUGUCACAAAAUGAGAUUAUAUAUGCAAAUAUGAACAUUUCAAAGCCUUUUUUUUCAUUUUCAGUGGCCUUAAUGUGGCUGAGUAAAUAAGAAUACAACUAUUUAUAUAUCGCUGACCGCUACAGAAAACAGUCAUGAAUACACAUCAGUUGCAAAACAUUUUAUUAAUAAUUGCAGCUAAAGAGACAGGGAAGAUAAUGCAUACAACUGCUCUCAGAACUAAACAGAAUAAAGGCCCAUCAUUAUGGCAAUACGCUUUUAACAGAUUGUCAACGCCGUCACAUUUUAAAACAGACAACUAUCCGAUUUUAAAAUUGUGAUACUAAAAAUCGAUUUGGUUCAAAAGAAUGCCUGAUGCACGAGUCAUCACCUCAGGGUUUCCUUUUCAUGCUGUGGGUUUGAAUCCGUCACUACGACACAACAGAGUGGACCGAGAAACACAAUCUGCAACACAACGCCAUUCUGUUAUUCUGACAAUCCGAAACGAUACGUCACGUCGCUUCAUGGUAUUACAGUUGGAGGCUGGGGUUAAGUUGGGUUAUGUGUCAGUCUUCAUGUCGAGCAGCAUCUUUAACUUCUCCGUAUCCCCCUGAUAGCGUUGUGGAUGUGCAUUCCAGGUGCUUUCUUUCCCUUGUAAACUCAAGCAGCGAUGCGUUUUAUGUUUGUCAACUGCUUAACUGAUUACUUUUGGCAUCAUUUUGAGAUAUAAAAGUGCUUUUAUUUAACUUCAUGGUAGCUAUUGUUACAUUAUGUUCAUGUCUCUGAUGUUUAUUUCUCCAUCUCAGUGUUUUUUUCUUUCCAUGUUUUUUAUUGAUUUUUCACAUGCAGGGUGAUACAUUGCAGAAUGGCCAAAGCUGGCCCGGUAGAAAGAUUUGCACUUUCUCUAUCUUUGUACUAUGCACUGCCCUAUUGAUUCUUAACCCGACAAUAUAUUACUUGAACCCAUCUAUAAAAAGAAAAUCUCCUUAAACGUUCACUUUGUGUGUAUGUAAAUAACACAAAAAAGGUAUCGACUUUUGAAAAAGAUAAAAAAUAAAAAAAAGUUGGUGGCGAAAAAGAGCAUCCAUUCUGAUGCCAUGGUUACUCCAGCAAAAUGACUUCAGAACAAAUCUGUCCCCCAACCAUCUGUUGUUGUGGCUUUGCCAUUCAAGCUUGGAGUGUCAUUAACAGAAAUAAACGUUGUGUUCUCUGCUCUCUCUCUCUCUAUCUCUCGUCUGGAUGCAUAGACUGAAAAUCAAAUAAUGAAAUUGUAAAAAAAAUAAGGCUUGUUAAAAAGAUCAUACAAUUACCUCGGAUUAGUUGUAAGCGUAAAUUGUUUCUUUUUCUGAAUGAAAGGAGUGCUUUUUAUUUUCUUACUUAGGUUACAUUGGUGGCGAAAGAAGUCUGUAUGAAAAUCAGUUCUUUGCUGACACAAGUUCCAUUUGUUAUAAAUUAAUUCUAUUAAAAAUGUCAGUGUUAUGCAUCGGCGUUUCACUUGUUUCCCUCCGCCUCACUUUGACUUGAAAAGACGGAGAGAUCUAUUUUACCCCCUACUGGUCCGGCUCCUCCGUAUUAUCCACACUUCUCUCAUGAAAGGGGGAUUUGAGCCUCACCACAUUUUAACAGAUUUCCAUAGCUCGGUUUUUUUCUGUCACUCAUGUCAGCGACAAUGAAUCAUCAAGGGACCCUUUGACAGAUGUGCAAUGUUUUCAAAGCUGCCUGCCUUGUUCUUACAAAUUAUGUUCACCAGACCAACAGUGUGGCGUAGUAUUGUAACUCAGAAUUAAAACCACAUUGCAUAACAUCCAGUGCCAUUGCACUACUUAAA